AGCGACGUUGGCGAGAUGUGAUGACGUAGUUCCGGUCCCGGUAGCGACGGGGGACGCGCUCGCCCGGAGGCCGCGAUGGGGGGGGGAGACCUGAACUUGAAGAAGAGCUGGCACCCCCAGACCCUGCGCAAUGUGGAGAAGGUGUGGAAGGCGGAGCAGAAGCAUGAGGCCGAGAGGAGGAAGAUCGAGGAGCUGCAGCGGGAGCUGCAGGAGGAGCGGGCGCGCGAGGAGAUGCAGCGCUACGCCGAGGACAUGGGCACGCUGCGGAAAAGGGAAGAGAAGCUGGAGUGGAUGUACCAGGGCCCCGGGGGGAUGGUGAACAGGGAGGAAUAUCUCAUGGGGCGCCCUGUGGACAAGUUCAUCUUCGAGAAGGCCGAGGACAAGGAGGCAGGGUGUUCCAGUGACACUGGGCUGCUCCCAGGAUCCAUCUUUGCCAAGUCUGGGGCCAACUCCGUGCUGGACAUGGCCAACAAAAUCCGGGAGGACCCGCUGUUCAUGAUCAGAAAGAGGGAGGAGGAAAAGAAGAGGGAAGUGUUGAAUAACCCCGUGAAAAUGAAGAAAAUCAAAGCUUUGCUGCAGAACAGUUUGGAUAAAAAGGAGAAGAAGAAGAAGAAAGAGAAGAAGAAGAAGCACAAGAAGCACCGAAGGCGCAGCUCCAGCAGCGACAGCUCCAGCAGUGAGGAGGAGAGAAGCAAAAAUAAGUCUCAGAAGAGGGUGGACAAUUCCUCCUGGAAACCUGCUCCUUACAAAGUCCCAGGAUAUGGUUUGCAGGUGAGAGACUCGGAGCAGAGCCACAGGUCCCGGAGCUCCCCAGGGCCUGGCCAGGACAGGGCUCCCCACAGGCACCGGGAUCGCUCCCGGAGCUCCUCCCGCUCCCCCCCGAGACAUUCCAGCAAGAGGAACUCGGAGCAAUCGGGCUCCAGGGGCUCGGGAUCUCCUUCCAAACACAGCAAACAGCACAGCAGUCGGGAGGAGAAGGGGAGAGCCAGGAGCCCUUCCCCAAAAAAGAGCUACCGGCGCCAGCACCCCUCGGGUUACACCAGAAAACUCUCCCCAGAGGAACUGGAGCGUAAACGGCAGGAAAUGAUGGAAAAUGCCAAGUGGAGGGAAGAGGAGAGAGCAAACAACCUCAGGAAACACAGGAAGGAGGAGGAGCUGGAGCGAGAGCUGGAGAAACUCGACGCCAGGGAUGGAAAGUUCUUCCACCGUUUAAAGCUGGAGAGUGCCUCCACCUCCACCCUGGAGGACCGUGUGAAGAGGAACAUCCACUCCCUGCAGAGAACUCCUGCUGCCUUGGAAAAGAACUUUAUGCAGAGAUGAGGCUUGUUCUCCCUCUGCUCCUGUGCAGCAGUUAAAUGGACUCUUUCUUGUUCCCAGAGGUGAGAGCCCUCCAGCACAGCCUCACUGCUCUCUCCAGGAACACUUCCCAUCUCCCAGAGGUGCUGGAUCUCUGUGCUGAGCCCAGGGUGUGCUCAGGACUGGGGGCACUGGGAACACUUUUGUUAUGGGUGGGACCUUGGCUGGGGAACUCUUGAGCCUCUGUGGUCCGUUUUUAACAUCUUGCCAGAGCUUUUCCUUCCUUCUCCCCACCCUGACUGGUGUCACUUUUGGAUAUUAUUACCAAAUUGUGCCAGGUGGCCACUGCUUCCUACUACUGAGCUCUUUAUAGGCCAGAGCUAAACAGCUAUUUUUAUUAAUCCUUAAAAAUCAGAGCAGAACCAAUUGACACAUGAGCUAAUUUCAUGGAAUUUGAUAAAUUCCAUGGAGCCCUGUCCAUCCUGUCACCAUUUCAGGUGUGCAGGGUGUGAUGUUAGGCCAGUCUCAGAGUAUUCUGUGGCCAUUAUUUGGUUGCUCACAGAUUUCACUGGUAUUUGACCCAAAAGAAGCUGCUUCCAGGGGAAGGGAAAUGAGCAGAGCGUAGCUGGGUACAGCAGACAUUUCUCUGGGAUUUUGUACUGUAAGUAAUGUGUAUAUGUACAGCGGUGUAGAUUUAUUUUGUCUUUUUAAUUAAGAAACUUCACUGUCA